AUGGCAUCUAUCGCCUUCCAGCCCACGGCCUCGCCGUUCGUCCCGGGUCCUUCGCCAUCAUCCGCGACGGUCACGCUCGACCGCGGUUCGUUCGACAUCCUCAUUCGCAGCGCGGUGCGAGACUGGUCGGAGGACUGCGAGGCAGACGUCAGUGACGAUAACGACCGGCAUCCAGCUCCUGAGGUACAGCAACCCGUGCAUGUGGAAAGCAUGCCGGCACAAAGCGCACAGAGCAAAGGAAGCCUCCAAAUCCCGAAAACAGCCCAGCGCACACUGAUGAUCACUGGUCUGCCAGAGUCAAGCACACUCGCCGACAUCACUCGCGUGGUCCGUGGCGGCCCUAUCCUCGGCGUUCACAUCCGCAACUCAGAAAGGUGUGCCUUUGUGUCAUUCGUGUACGAGAACCACGCUGCCGGGUUUUUCGACUACGUCAGAAGAUUCGGGUUGCUCAUAAACAAUAAAUACGUCGGCACUCGCUGGGCUGAUCGUCAGUACCUCUUAGGCAGCCACACUGGCCACCAGAUUCGUGGCGGCGCGACCCGAAACCUGGUCAUUCGUCGAUGCCAUUCGCGCCACACCGAUGCCUCCAUACGGGACGAUCUCGAGCACAUUCAUAACCUCGUGGCAAUCAGUGUCGAGUUUUUCGAUGGGAACUGCUACAUCAAGACGAAUUCGGUGCAUAAUGCGAUUGUUGCCAGAACUUGCAUGAUGUCUCGGGUAAAAUACAAGGGAUCCAGCAUUGGAUGGGACGUGGAUGAGUGCGCAGAGCCGAUUGAGCUGCCAGACCGCCCGGCCCGAGCACCACACUUCAUAGCGCCACCUGUUACCAGACCAGUGGUAGAGUCGGAGAAUCGUUUUGCACCACUGCGACGGGACGACAACGACAAUCAUGAGAGCAUGCUCGACGAUGACCAAGACAGUAGUGAAUCAGGCUUCACGCCGUCUGAAGCUUCUGGCAAUACGAUCUGAAGUGGGCCAAGGCAACGCUGAUUAUCAAGUUCAGAUCGCUCAAGGAUCCAGUGCGGCCUUGCUCGCUUCGCGUCAAGCUGUGCCAACAGCGUACAAACGACAAACCAAGAAUUGUACAGAUAUGACAAGAGCCUGGGCCCUUAGAUAAGUGCAGUCUUCGUGGUGGGUGUACGUGGGGAAGGCAGGAGAACCAGCAUAUCCAGACGUGCGUUCAACUGAGCUUCGCGGGAUAUGCCGAACCGGGAUUGUGCACUCCAUGUCGAUGCUGUCUAUUUUUUUGUGGUCCAUUGCGUUCUAAAUUUCCCUGAUGCCAGAUGUCUGUCGCUACAUAAAUGAGGAUCAGGAGAGACCAGCUUGGCUCGUCGUCUAUUGCUGAGAGGAGACUUGGAGCCCUGAUGUAUGUGUAAG